AUGGACGACAAGUCUGGAGGUUUGAAAACGAACGAGCAGAUCAUAGAGGAGCUCACAAAAGAUCUAGAAAGUUCUUGCAUCAGAGUGAACGAUGACGCUGCGUCGAACGACGUCGGGGAUUCGGUUGCAAAAAGUGGUGAUCUUUCGGACAGUUAUUGCGAACAUGUGAGAACAAACGGUGACAAUGCUGACAGGUGUGAAAUGGAAGGUAAAGGCGAUACGAAUCUUCCCAAGGACUUUGUGGAUGAAGACACGUUGAAAGACAGAGAACUAACCCUCUCUGAGGAUGAGAAAGAGGCUCUUAGAGCAGAAGCGGAGAAAUAUAAAGAUAAAGGAAAUGAUCUUUUCAAACGGGAAGAAUACCAAGAGGCAAUAUCUGUGUAUACGCAAGGAUUACAAACUUGUCCGUUGGCUUACAACAAAGAGAGAUCCAUUCUGUAUGCUAACAGGGCUGCUGCAAAGUUAAAAUGUUUGGACAGAGAAUCUGCUAUAUCUGACUGCACUAAGGCUAUAGAAUUAAACCCAGACUAUGUGAAAGUAUAUGUUAGAAGAGCGAAACUGUACGAAGAAACAGAUAAAUUAGAUGAAGCUUUGGAAGACUACAAGAAGAUCUUAACUCUUGAUCCUGGUCACAUAGAGGCAAAUCAUGCGACUAGGAGAUUACCUCCAUUGAUUCACGAAAGAAAUGAGAAACUGAAAGCAGAAAUGCUUGGAAAAUUGAAGGAUUUGGGAAAUAUGGUAUUGAAACCCUUUGGGCUUUCCACGAAUAAUUUUGAACUGCAAAAGGAUCCGAGUAGCGGUGGUUAUUCUGUCAAGUUCCAUCAAAAUCCCAGUUAA